AUGUUUGUUUGUGGAAGUGUAAGAUCAAUUAGAAUCAUCAGAACAACCAUUAAAAAACAAUCAUCUUCUAAUUUAAAUAAUAAUACUGGUAAUAAUAAUAAUAAUAAUAAUAAUAAUAAUUCUUUUAUAGAUAUAGAAAAAUUAAAAAUUAGUAAUAAUAAUAUCUGUGAAAUUAGUGUUAGUAAUAAUAGUUAUAUGACAAAAAUAAGCAGUAGAGGUAAUUUAUUGUCAACAGGUAGCGCUCAGCAACCACAUCAACCAUCACCAUUACAAAAAUCGCAGUCAUCACAACAGGUACAUCAAUCAACAACAACAAUUACAACAAAAAUCAAAAAUUGUUAG